CCCUGGACGGUUGUGCCUGACUUUACACACCAUGCCCACACUGCCUCGUUGUCAGCAGUAGCGGUGAACAACAGGUAUGUGGUUACUGGGAGCAGAGAUGAGACGAUCCAGAUCUAUGACAUGAAGAAGAAGAUAGAACAUGGGGCACUGCUGCAGCACAAUGGCACAAUAACUUGUCUGGAGUUCUAUGGUACUGCACAUCUACUGAGUGGGGCUGAAGAUGGACUCAUUUGUAUCUGGAACACGAAGAGAUGGGAAUGUCUGAAAUCCAUUAAGGCACAUAAGGGCCAUGUGACAUCUCUUUCUAUUCAUCCUUCUGGGAAGUUAGCUUUGUCAGUCGGAACAGAUAAAACGUUAAGAACUUGGAAUCUUGUUGAAGGACGAUCAGCCUUUAUCAAAAACCUGAAGCAGAAUGCCCACAUAAUUAAAUGGUCCCCUGAUGGGGAGAGGUAUGUGACCGUGAUAACAAACAAAGUGGAUAUCUACAGACUGGACACAGCUUCAAUCACUGGGACCAUUACAACAGAGAAGAGAAUUUCUUCACUUAGAUUUCUUACAGAUUCUAUCCUUGCCAUAGCUGGAGAUGAUGAAAUCGUAAGGUUCUACAGCUGUGACUCUCAAAAAUGCCUGUGUGAAUUUAAAGCUCAUGAAAAUAGAAUAAAAGAUAUUUAUAGCUUCGAAAGAGGAGGACAGCAUGUUAUUGUUACUGCAUCCAGUGAUGGUUACAUUAAGAUGUGGAAUCUGGAUCUUAAUAAGAUUGAAGAUGUGCCAUCUUUGCUGUGUGAAGUCAAUACCCAAGCAAGGCUGACAUGUCUUGCAGUGUGGCUUGACCAAGCUUCAGAGAUGAAAGAAAACUCUGAUAAAGCUGCAACAACCUCUCAAGCAAACGAAGAUGAAAAAUCGACAGUCAGGAAAAACUUGUUGGAGCUUGUUGGGCCAAUAAAAGUAAUAAAAAGUAAUAAAACAGAAAAAAAAAAGAGAAAAAUUACUCCAGAGAAACAAAACUCACAAGCUCUGUUGCAAAAGAAGAAAAAGAAACGGAAUAGCUCAGCAUGAAGGCAGCUACUUUCAUUUCCUGAAAAAGAAGUUAAUGCUGGUCUUGCUCUAGUUUUUAUAAGAAUGUAAAUCUCUAACAGGACAUACACCUCUGAACUGAUCUGUUGUUUAAAAGUAAUUCAUGUUUGUACCUAAAUAAAUUUGACUGAUUAUUCUGGGAA